AUGGGCAGUCGACCUGGCGCGUCCCUCGACGCCGCUAGCAACGACCGCCAUGGCCUCUCGACCCUCCUUCACCAAAGGCCCCAGAUGGCCGCUUCCAUGUCUGCUCCCGCCGGCCGCUUGCCUCGACUGCUCCCCGCCGACCUUUCCUCGUACACCGACUCGUACCUGCCCACCGCAGCCAUACCCCCCUCGGCCACUUCCCUCGCUGAACUCGCCCACCUGAUCCGCCUCCAGGGCUACCAGGAGCAGCGCAAGGCUCACUCCAGAGUCCGCCUGCACCGAUGGCUCGUCUCCAGCGCCCUCUCCGCACGUCUGGUACACUGCGGCGAGCUGGCAUACCGCACCCUCGUGGACAACUUCCGGUCCGACGACAAAAAGGCUUUUGCCUCGCUAUACAACGCUCUCAACGACGUCCGCAACUCGUGUGACGCCACACGCCAGUAUGCCCUGCUGGAGCCAGACCUGGAGUUUGGAAAAUCAAAGACGACCAAGUCGGACAAGUCCCUCUCGGCCUCGACCUUCCUCAACGAUGUUCCCUCGAAGAUCCUGGACGAUCUUCUAGAUUUCAUUUCUGAAAUUCGCACAAACCCCGAAUUUCUUGCUUCUCGCAUUUCCAGCCUCUCGCAGCAAGAGCUGGCUGCUCUUACUUCUUUCCGCCAGGCCAUGGACCCUAUUGAUUCAGUCAUGGCCAUCCAGGCCCGAGGUCGAAACCUAGGCUCCCAAAAGGCCCAGCAGCAAGGUGGCAACCCUAUUGAACGACUCCUGUCUUUCCAGCGUCACGAUCCCCUCUCAGCGCUUGUUUACACUAUUUUUGCAAACUCGUCUGGCCCGGAUUCUGCAGAGGACCUCCGCCGUACCGACGUUUGGGCCACCGUCUGCGCUAAACUAAUCAAGGAUACUAAGAUUAGCCACAACUUCAUCAGGACCAUUCUGGACGUCUGGGCAGGUAUGCGCGAAUGGCCCGGAAAGGCCAACUUGGAGCUUUACCUAAUGCAGACCCUCCAGGACGGCCAGUUCCUCCUCGAAAAGGCCGAGGAAUCAAGUGUACGAGCUGGAGCACAGCCAGUCGCCCGCAGCACCAAGGAUACCAUUGCUGCAGACGAGUUUUUUGACAAGGCUGUCAAGCGCUUGUUUGAAGUCGUCGAUGACGAGCCCAGUGCUGGUGGCAUCCCAGAGGGCGUUUUGGAAAUUGGAAAUGCCAUUCUUCGCAAGUUGAACGAGGAGAACGAAAGAGGAGCCCGCAAAGCAUCGCAGAACUUUUUUACGCACGGUAUUAUGAUUGGUCACCACAUCAGUGAACAUGCCCGCCAGAAGAUUCUCAAGGAAAUCGCCAUCAGAGCCCAGAAGCAGGUGCUCGACAUGACGUACAACUGGUACGACUUCCUAGCAAAAUUAUCCAGCAAGCAUGUUACUAACAACUCUACGUGUAGGAAGCAGCAGAUCCCUGUCCUUCCGGAAAUCCGCACCCACAUUGAGAGCAUUCUGGCUCGUUUCAAACAUACAAAGACACCUUCCAAGCCUAUCCUACUCCCUGCAAAGGCAAUCACCUCGCCCAGGGAGACGGUUGAAGUGCAACCCUUCAUUGUGCUCUCUCCAGCUGACAUCAUCACGCUGGUCAAUGCGCUCUUCCCAGAGCGUCGCCCCUCAUCGAGCCACAUGGACAACGACAGCCAGCGCCGUGCUGGUCUAACAUCAUCCGCUUCUUCAGUAUCUGGCAUGUCUGUUCCAUUCCGCAAUGCUGCCGCGUCUAUGACCGACGCAAGCUCUAUUCUGAGUGCUAGUGCUUCAUCCAUGACAAGCGAUCAGACCUCACGCGAGCCACUUUUGGACAACAACUCGACGCCAGUUGAAGAGCAAACUGACACCAAGCCAGCUCCGACAGAGCUCUAUGGAAAGCGUCUGCGCAUGGCUUGCUCAGAAAUGACUCGCAUUCUCGGCGCUGAAGCUACAUCUGGCUCAUGCCAUCCAUGUGCUGAACGAUGGGCUGUCUUGUACAUCUCCGCUGAUGGCAAGCAACUCAAGCCACGCAUGCGCAAAGACUUUGAUGACGAAGAAGAGCAUGACGACGACUCUCCAGACAGCGACAGCAGCGACGAUGAGGGUACUACAGAUAGAUUUGAUCUCGGCCACGAUUAUCACCAACUUAAGGAGGCGAUUGUCAAGCUAGUGGAAGAUUAUGAAAUCCCAAAAACACUGGCUCCGGAUAGCGAAUCAAAGAAUUUCAGCAACCGUAUGACGACACGCAGAAGCGUCCGUGGACGCGGCCCGAUCCGCAACAUUAGCGAGAACCUUGGAUCUCGCAAUCCAUACAACUCAAACCAGAGUCACAGCCAACUCACAAACAUGAUUGCAAGCCAGAGAAGUGGUUCGUCACGCCGCUCUCCCCAGAUUCCCAGGAGUCACAGCAACCCGCAAGUUGGCGAAAAGUCAGAGAACAGCUCGGUGCUCGUUACAAUGUUGGAGACAGCAAUGUACCAAUGCCAGGCGCGGUCCGAUUUCGUCAAUGCGCACAUGUACUACAAGACCCUGCAGAGUCUGCGAAGACUCAGUUCCCCAACCCUGGUCAAGAACGGAUACGCAGCUCUUCUCAACUACUUUUCUCGUGGUCCCAGAGAUUUGCUCAGCAAAGCAGCCAAUGCCAUUGAAGAAUUUGAGGCAUGGUUUGUGUGGCUCAAGCAGUCUCAGGAAAGAUCAGACAACAUGGUCGACGAGAUGAUGCUCACUUUCAAGAACCUGAGAGACAAGAUGUGGUACAUUACCGAUGUCCGCACUUCCAAGCCAUAUGAAGACGCCAAAAAUGUGGCCCUUGCCCUCAAGAUCAUGGACCAGCAAUCCAAGACGCUCAACGCCAAGGGCCCAUCUGGAUCUCGAUCCCGCAACGCCAACAGCUUUUUGCGACAAAACGAAGCUCAACUGGUUGACCUCAUGGCGGCUUCACAGGAUUUUGGUGGUCCAAACAAGCUCUCAGACGAGCAGUCGGAGAUUACCCUAAAGUGGCUCAUGCAGUACGGUGUCGAGAACUUUUGCAAGGGUGAGGAGCGGAUUCACCGCUUCUGUCUCGAAGUUGACAAGUGUGUCACCAAGGUUAUUGGUGAGGGUCUAUUGGACGGUCCAGUACUUUGGGCCAGUGAUUUGUACAAACGCGACCAACAGAUCCUUGAGAGCGGACGACAAAAGGGUGAUCUCUUCUUGACUGGCGUCGGCACCCUCUCUAUCGCGGGUGACGAAGAGUACGAAACCCAUGGUCGGGCUGGGUCGCGCAACAACGACUUUGCUCAACGCCCAAGCCACGGCAGUCUGCGUUCGGCCGCCACUGGCAGCCGUCCAUCAAUCUUGGAACAAAACCCCUGGAGCAGAAAUCCUGCAGAGUCGUCUGACUACUUCGGCGCAUCGUCACCAGUCUUGGCCAUCGACCCAAUGGCUACCUUUUGGUCGCCGUUCCAGACACAAGCGCAAUCACCGACAAACGCAACGAGCAUUCGCCCACGAACUGCCUCGUCUUCCAAGGGCACUGUCAUGCUGAAGCAGUCGGCCACAGUCAACGAGGACAAGCGCCGCUUCAUGCUCGACUUGAAGCAGACCCUCACUGGUCUUCUGUUGAGCGAUCUCGGCAUGAUGGUGUUUGCGAACGGCAGUGAGACCGAUUCAUGGUUUGGUGGUGAUCUACUUGAUGACUGUAUCGAGCGCCGAGACGAAGAGGAACGCCGACGCAAGAACAAGCUGGCUAAGAAGAAGAGCACAAAGAACAUCCGAAGGCAGACUGUUGACCAACGAAACUUGCCCUUGGAAGCGCUUGGCCGGACAGAGCGCAGCUCAGCUGCACCGCCUGUUGCAACUUUGCAGCAUGUCGCAGCCGCCGAUGCUCAUCAGUCAGCUGGAGAACAUUCAUCGACUUCCAGCGAUGCUACCUCGCGAUCGUCCGGCAAUUCCACUGCAAAGAAGGCUGGGCUAUUGGAGUUCCCAUACAACGUUGCCUUCCAACGACUCCUCAGCAGGUUUCAAACGCACCCCAAUCCCUUCUCCAAGUUGCAUGCAUUGUAUGAAUUGGAGCUUCUCAUCAUCGCUUCAUUGUCUUCUCGAACUGGUCGAUCCUACAAUAAUAACAAUAAUAACAACAUCCGCCGCGACACACUUCCUCCUGUUCCCCAAUCGCCCACUCUUGGCGCCAUGCCAGAACUUAGCUCUCGUGAGCCAGCCACCCAGACUUCGCGCGCCCACAACCUGGAAGAGGCAAUUGCAAACUGCGAAGAACGUCGCUCUCAAAGCAUGAACGUAGAUCGCGUAAGCAAUGCGUCGCCGCUACCUCGCAACGGCGCUCGCUCUCCAGUUGGGCCGCCAAGCACAGACAUGAUUGUCGAGGUCAUUCAAGGACUCUUGCGAGACUCCAACAUUCGCCCCAAGACUCUCUUCAGAGACUUGCAGUUUAUCGCAUCCUUUGUGCCAGCGCAGAUGCUCGACAAGACUGCGCGUGGUAAAGCAUUCUGGGACGUCGGCCUCGCAGCCCUCGGCUUGAAGCAAGACGUCUGCCGCAUCAUGGUCGAGCUCGUUGAUGAAGUCAUCACCCAGAACUCGAAGCGCGAUGCAGGCAAGGCAAACAGCAGCAGCAUGACCGAAAAGGUCGGCUCAUCAUCGUCAGCCCUAGGUGAUGAACCCAUGUCCAAGUACACCAUGGAAGAUGCAGGACGCAUGCUUCUCAUCACUGCAAAGGAAGGCGAUUCAGUUGCCGAGCGCGAACUCGCCAUUUUCUACCUCACCUCCCCUGAACUCAUCCACCGCACUGUGCUGCCGCUUACUAAGCCCAGCGAGGUCUUCAAGACUGAGCUUCUGAAUCGCGAGAAACGAGCCUCGCAGGAUCCUGCACGCAGCGAUCCCAUGACCAUGUGCGUUGCGCAACACUGGAUGGAGCAGUCCAUGAAGGGUGGCGACCAGCUUGCUGCCAAAUACCUGCGCCAGCGAAGCGAGCUGGAGAACAUCAACCCAACCAGGGCAUAG